AUGCAGGCAGUCAAGCUGAUUAUUCUCAGAUUCGAUGACCUGAUUCCCGAGGAGAGCGACGUUGUUCAGACUGCCCUUAAGCGUCUUCCUCCCAAGGAAGCCUACGACCGCGUCUUCCGUAUCCGCAGAGCUUUCCAGUGCUCCGUUUCCCACACCCUCCUUCCCGCUCAUGAGCACACCAAGCCCGAGGAGGACGUCGAGUACCUGAGCCCUAUCAUCCGCGAAAUCGAGAGGGAGAACAAGGAGCGUGUGGACCUCGACACCCUCGUUGUUAGACGGUAG